AUGUUGUUUUCAUUAAAUUUGAUCACCGUCGAAGAGAGUUAUGCGCCUUCUAAGCUAGCCGAAGAGACGCAGAGAAACGAGAAGACUCUCGUCGUCGGCGCCCACUCCUGA